UAAUAAUUAGUGCAUAGAGAGAAGGUAGAGAUGUGGUAUAUAUGGUUUAUAUCUACACGUAUAUAUACAUCAACAAGUCAUAUGAAUGUAUUAGUGUACAUAUGAUGUACAUUUCGUUGACAGGCAGAUAUCAUAAGGGAAUAUAUUCACUUUAUAUUUAGUAGCAGCGUGUUUCAAGUACGACUCAAUAGCGGCCAACUUUCUAUUGAUUUUUGUCAACUUGAUUUCCUAGCCUAGCUGGAUAUACGUAUAGAAUUUAUGUACGAUUCUGCUCCAGUUGGACUACACACUCAAAUCAACACAACGGCAACGAUGUAAUGCUUUAAAAAAUUGCAUGGCGCUCAGGUGAAGAAGAAACCAUUCAUUUCGACAUAUAUAUUACAAGGCUUUACAAGGUUGUUGUGUUCUCCACUGAGAGUUAAUAAUUUGUCGAGUCAGUUACACACCGUUGGAGCUUCGUGGUUCUAGAGGUUAUUUCACUGUGAAGUUCGUAUAGUAAUGCAUCUAUAAGAUGGAACAAGUUUAUAAUGGGCGUGGGUAUUUAGCACCCAAUGUAUUUGAUUCGAACUUCUUGUAAAGGAUAGUUUUGUAAAAUUUGUUGUUAGACACACAGCGAGUGAAUAGUGUGAUGUAGCCAUAAUUACAUUAAGGAUUGGAGUAACCCUCUCUGUAUUUUUAUUGGAUUUUCGAAUUUUCUAAUCGAUAGUGACAGCUCUAGAAAAAUAUUUUAAGAAGAAAGUGAAUGAUACUAUAAUUAUCCUGGUUUGUGGUUAACUCGUAAAUAGGCCUAUAUUGUCAAUAGCACGUGUUAUAGAGAGAUUUCUUAACCUUUUGUUAUGUAAAUGAAUUAUUGUAUGGCAGUGUUUAAUAGUAUACCAGCAAAUAACAUGAAGAUAGGAAUUACCACGACCGAGGCCAAUAUCCUAGCGUGUUCUCACUCGGUACAUGUGAUCCCUGAUCUCGAGAGGCUUGUUUGGCAUAAUAUGAUCCUUGCAUCCAAUUUAAUUACCAAUUAUAGUGUUUUUAAUUAAGAUUAAUUCGAUUCCAUCGGACUGAUGAUUGCUCGCCUAGCAUUCCCCUUAGGGAUUCUUUUUAUUCUUAUCUGUUUCCAAGAUGCCUCCUCUCGUUUUACAGAUUGUGGGGGUUGGCUAGAGAAGGAUAAGGGGGUAAUCCAUACCCCCAACUUCCCCGCAAGGUUCCCUACGCCCAUUAAGUGUGACUGGGUGAUUCACAAUCCCGACCCCGAGAAAAAAAUCAUCACCUACUUCACUCAAUAUUUUUUGAAGAAUUCUUUCCAUUUGUCCGAAUACGAUGAGUAUAAAAACGAACACGACUAUAAAGGAGUCCAAUAUCUCGGCGAAAUAAACUAUGAAAAUGAGUAUACAUCUCUUGCUACCUACAAACCAUACCUAGUUAUUCGAUUUAAGGUGCACGAAAUUGGAAAAAUGCAUUUACGUGUCGAGGAGUUUUUGAAGGAUGUUUACGGAUUUAACAUAACCUAUGAAAUUGUAGACAACAGUCAAGAUAUACGAGAAACGUGCUCCGCACAUGACUGUUCAUUUCUAGGUCAUUGUGUGGCCAGUUCUAACUAUGAAAAUUAUCGUUGUGAAUGUUUUCCAAAAUUUUUUGGGGAGUAUUGUCAAUACGGACCUUUCUGCGAUCCAGAUAAAGGGAAGAAUAUGUGUGAAAAUAAUGGGAAAUGCAGGUAUUUUAUGGGUAGUUUAGUUAAUAUAUGUGAUUGUCCUCGUGGAUAUACUGGAGACCAUUGUCAAGAGAUAAUACCUGAAGACCAUUCUGCUAACGAUUGUCGGUUAGGGUGUAGCCAUGGAUGUGAAAGAUCAGAAUUUGGAGAUUUUUAUUGUAUAUGUGGUGAUGGAUUCCGUCUGGAUGUAGACAACAUCACUUGUAUUGAAAAAGAAAUGUAUCGGAUAUCGGUUCAGUUGCCUCUGAAGGGUGUGGUAUUUAACACCAUGUUUUUGGACAGAUACAUAUCACGAAACCUCAAUCCAUUUAAGCUGGUCGAGAAAUUGAGAGCUAUGGGAUUACAUACAGCCACGAGGUUAAAAUACGACAGACUCAGUGACAAUGGUGGACAAAAGGAAUUGUUGUUUCAUUUCUUUCUGGAAAUACAGCAGCUCCCUCUAGUCAAUACAACUAUUCAUGAUCUGAUAACUCAUGGUAGAUUUCUGAAUAUCAGUGUCGAUGUGGCCAACAUAAAAUAUAUCAUAGAUCCAGAAAUGAAGUUACUGUUUGUUGAGAACUACGACCAGCGUCCAGCAAUAGAAGAUCAACUACUGACCAUUGCCUGCACAGCACGUGGUUCAUCGGAUAUGACGUUUCAUUGGUAUAAAGAUGGCUACCUUGUCGACGUUAAUUUAAGUGACAGGAAUGCAUGGGUAGUAAGAAUACCUCGUACUAUGAAAGAUAAACAGAUGUCUGUACUUAAUAUAGAUGGCGUUACUGUAUACGACAAAGGUGUAUUUACGUGUAGAAUUGAAGAUUUUGGUCACAGUCAAAAUAAAUCAGUAAUUGUGGACGUCAUAACAUACCCUCAUAUCGAGGUGACCCCUUUAGCAAUGAGUCUGGAAGCCGGGCAACAAGUAGGAUUCAGAUGUGUGACACCCGACGAUACUAGACAGACGUUCCAAUACACUUGGUUUAAAAAUGGCGUUGAAAUAGAGGCUGGCAAUGGUGAAGAGAUCAUCGAAGACCUUCUGCCGGCCGGAAGUCGUUUGCUGGUUAGGCGUGUGACGUCAGACGCUAAUUACACUUGUUAUAUUACCAAUUCUGCAGGCACUAGCAACCUCACAGCUUAUGUUUUUGUUUUACCAGGCAAUCAAACUAACCAGGUUUGUCCGUCUGAAAAAUUUGGAGGAGUGAAAUGGAAGAGCAUGGGAGCCGGCGAUUUUGAUAUUGAAAGAUGCCCAACGGAUACAGGGGAAGUAAUUGUGCUUCGCGAUGCCAGGGAUGGGUAUGCUAGAAGACGGUGUGAUUGUUGGGCGGGAACUUGUAAAUGGGCUGAACCUAAUUUCGCUAAGUGUCAAUCUGGACAUUUAGUUGUUAUAUAUGACAGACUUGAGAAACUACGACUUGGUUAUCAGCAUGAUAAUACAUCAGAUAUAUUUGAUACGCUAUAUAAAUUUAUUAAUAUAGCUAGUAAGAAAAUGUUAGCUGGAGAUGUAGAUGUUAGCUGUUCAAUAUUACAUACAUUUGUUGAGACCCUAUUACAACAUCCGGUACAUGCGCCGACCACGGGCUCUUUUUCUUUUAAGUCUCUGAUAAAUGUGAUGUAUUUAUUGUUACAACAAGCCAUCGAUUCCAAUAUACAGGAACAAAAGGAUCUCUAUGUAGCUCAAAAACUUCUGGAUAUUACAUUUAUGUUGAGUAAAACAACAAUCCCGUCUUUAAAACUAACAUAUGGUGACUUUAUGACCACGCCUACACUAGGGUUUAGCGUCAGCAAUUUAUCUGUUAUACCCGCUUAUAUGAAGCCUACUAUCACCCCUAAUACCUACAAGAUACAGACAUAUUCUGAAGUUCCUGUUAGAGCCCGAUCUAAACGUGAUUAUCCGGUGAAGACGAAUGGCGGUAUCUAUGAUAAAAUUUUAACUAAUGGCAAUUUAUCAUAUCACGCCAGUAUAGUGAAAAAAGAAAAGUUAACCGUGAAAUUUUAUUUUAAACAAAUGUUUUCAUUGAUGAAACGAGACACUUCCAAAAACGAUGCUUAUGUGGCUGUUAGCGAUAUGUUUUCUAUAUAUUUAUUAAAUGAUAUGGAUAGUCUAGAAGAGAGAUUAGAAAUAAACCUUCAACAUAAUAUCAAUCAACAGUAUUUAGUACAGCACAAUGAAACCAGAUGUGUUAAAUGGGUGGGCUACAGGAUGUCCUUGUAUGGCUAUUGGGAUGAAUCAAACUGUGUAACAGUACAUAAGAAUAUAUCAACUACCACAUGUUGGUGUCGUAUACCAGGAACAUUUGCUGUUUUUAUCAAACCGGACGAAACAGGGAAUCAAGAAGUUCUUAUAACAGAUAUAGAUACCGUAUUAUUAGUGGGCUGUAUCCUGUCUUUAUGUGGGCUGUGUGCUACUAUAAUCGUCUAUAUGUUUACUUGGAGACAUCUUGUUGGUAACAUACACUGUAUUCACAUCAACCUGGUUCUAUCAUUAGCUGUUGUUAACAUGCUGUGUUUGAUGUGUCUAGGAAAAUCAAACAUUGAAAGAGUAUGUGUAGCCGGAAAAAUUCUCAUUCAGUUUUUCUACCUGGCGGCAUUUGCGUUUAUAUUUGUGGAAGCUGUACAUAUGUUUGUGUCGGUUCACGGUGGCAACAGAAUAAAGAAGACCUGUAUUAAAUACUUUAUCAUUGGAUGGGGUUUACCAACAGUUGUAAUAGGAGGCGUGGUGAUUGCCAGUGAACGGUUGGGUUAUGAUAAAGAUUGUAUAGACUGGUGUUGGCUAUCAGAAAAUCAUUGGCAUUUUUACAGUUUCAUUAUACCUAUGAUUAUUCUUAUACUGGCCCAGACAGGACUAACAUUUGUGGCUGUUUUAACUGUAUAUAGGUGGAAAGAGGAGUGGCGAUUUGCAGAAAGAAGACAAUAUAUGUGUCAAGGAGGCCAGAUGAUGAUGAUACAAACAUUACUGACAGCUUCCUGCAUCACAGGUUCCAUGAUUCUUCAACAAAAUGGCCAAAUGUAUUCGUACAUUUUUAUUAUUUCUGAUAUAUCGUUGUCAACCAUAUUGUUAUUGUUUCUCUGUGUUUUAAAAAAACAGGUUCCCGCCGCUAUUUUACAUAUAUUUAAACGAACGAGCGACGUUGAUUAUAAACGGAAGUUUUCCACCAGUUCGUUUCGAACCUUUAUGAUGCCAGAGAAGGUAGACGAGAGUAACCAGACAGUAGAAAAGGUUGUCCAGGACCACCAUAACGCUGUUAACAGAAGCACAUAUACAGCAGAGAAGAAAAAACAGCUUCGCUUUCUAUUAGGUAGUUCUGGUAACUAUAGUGACGCGUCAACCACGGGCUCGGGGUCGACUUCUGGUUCAGGCUCUGCCUCAGGGAGUGACGGGCCAAUGAGAUUUAGACCCAGAUACUCUGGUGCUCGUGACAAUGGGGAUAGUGGUUUCUCAGAAGAAACGGGUAGUGACCGUUCAUCUUAUAAAAAUAAUUGUUUAGUAGAGUUACAUCCACUUCCUUCAACGUCAGAAGGGAAGGAAUCCCAUUCUGGUGCCCAUGACAAUUCUGCACAAAGUUAUGUUCUUGCUGAUUUUCCGCAAAAAACUAUGGAAACGUCAGUUGAUCGUGAGUGCAUACUCAAUAAACCCUUAAUUAAAAAUAUUCAAAAACCUACUCAAAGUGAAAAGAAAACAAGAUUUAUUUUUGCAACCGAUGAUACAUCAGUGGACAUGUUUAAAACCACGGAACCGUUGAUAUCAGACAAUUUACGUGUUUGAUUUUAAUUCAAAACAGCAGCAGCCUAAUAUGUUACCAUGACAACAUAUUGAUUAUAUUAUUGUUAUUAUUUAAAUAAACCGGUGUGAUGUUUUAAAGGUCAGGUGGUGAUUUAAGAAUGUUUAUAAAAGUGUGAUAAAACUAGCACUUUGUGAUUGAUAAAGAGGGUGCUAUAGAUUCAAUUAUAUUUUUUGUUGUUGAAUGAACGGAAGAGAUAUGUUUUUGAUAAGUUUUGUUUUUGUGAGUGCCCUAAAAUAAAUAUAAAUGAAUUUUGUGUCGAAUUGAUCUCGAAUACAAACCCGCAAAUAUGUAAAACAAAUAAAAAAAUUGCUCUAAACAAGCUAAGGAGACGUGCAUGUAAAUGAAUACGCAUUUUGGGACAAACCCAGAAUGGCACUGCCAACUUGAUAAUAUUACCGAGAGAAGCCGUUGAUAGUAGCUAAUAAUUCCAUCUUGUAAGCGAUCGCCAAAAGUAUUCCUGGCAUGACGAAAUAGUGAAGUUUGUAAAUAAUAAUAUUGUUUAUAAAGAAAUGAGAGAUUAAUAUCAAUUGUUGUAUUAUUUAUUAAUAAAAUUUCAUAUACAAAGAUUGUGAUAUGGAAUAUAUUGUUAUUGCAGCUUAAAGUUAAUUUAUGUUGAAUAUUUGCUCACUGUUAUACGUUCAUAAUCCUGUUUAUUAUAGGCAUUUACAUAUUAUAGACUAAAGUCAAACCUACACGAUCAAACAAUAUGUCUUCAAUGAAAUUUUUUUUUUUUUUUUUAAUUAUUUGCCAUAAGUGAAAUGUGAUGAAAUGGGGUUUAACGUCCUACUUUUCUGCAUCAACCUAGCUAAUGAAGGUGGUUUUUGUUAUAAGCAUACAUGCACCUCACCCCUAAAAGAACUUUGUAGUUCAAGUACUAAUCAGCAUGACCUAUGAAGCUUGGCAAUUCCAUAUACUGACACGACUUACAUGUAUUUUAUUGUAAGUAAAACCUUCAAUGUGCUUAGCGCUUUAGUGGCAUUGAUUUCAAGGUUUGGAAAAAAUACUGUUAGGCCAUAUCAAUUUUCAUAAUCGUGUCAAUUUAUUUAAAUUCAUUUUGUGAAUCCCCACAAAAACAGACAUUAUUUUCAUAAAUCUAUCAUUUCUCUCACUUUUUCACAAAGGGCUUUUGUACAUGGAUUAAAUAAGUAAAUAAUAUUAAGAGAUAUAUAUUUAUGUGUUGUGAAUCAUAUAAUCUACACGCCACUGGAGAUUUUUUGCUUAUCACAACGAUUCUCUGUAUUUAAGCCACACUUUUAUCGGUUAUUAUGUUGUGGAAAUAAUAAAAUAAUAUCACGAUUUUCUCACAAUUAUCUUCAGAUUUUACUCUGAUAAAAAUUAAAAUAGGUGAAUGCUACCUUUUGUAAGAAAAAAAAAAAAAAAAAACAUGAAAAA